UCUAAAAUGUCAUAUGCAGGUCAGAUGAACAUGAGUACUGAACAGCAGUAUCAGGGAAUACUGGAACGAGCUGUGUUUUCCACUGUGACUACAGUGCCGUGCUGUGUGUUCCUCUUCAUUAAUGGGACUAUGUUAUUUACAUUAAGGAGCAAACCAGUGUUUAGGGAAACUUCUCGUUACAUUCUUCUGUUUAACCUGCUUUUGGCUGAUACUGUACAGAUGGCAGUGAGUCAGUUACUGUACAUUAUCGCUGUUUGUAGAGUUACAUUAACAUAUCCUGUGUGUGGUGCUAUGGCCAUGCUUGCUCUUUUAACAAAUGAGAUUUCUCCUUUAACACUGGUGGUGAUGUCUUUGGAGAGAUAUGUAGCUGUGUGUUACCCACUGAGACACUCUACCAUUGUCACCAUCAGAAACACAGGGAUUGCCAUUGUUGUUAUUUGGGCCUUCAGCUCAUUAAAUGUCGUCACUAGAGUUCUUUUAAUAUUACAGUUUCCUUUUGAAAAGCUGGAGACUCUGAAGAUGAAAGACUUUUGUUCUGACUUAUCCCUGUUUCUUGACCCAGUAUCUGUCCAUUAUGACAAAGCUUACACUUGCUUCCUGUUUAUUUCAGCCUCCGUUGCUAUCUCUUCCUCGUACGUUGGUGUGACAUUAGCAGCCAGGUCGGCCUCCACAGACAAAAUCUCGGCCCGUAAGGCUCGAAACACACUGCUGUUGCAUCUGGUGCAGCUCGUACUCAGUCUCUCCUCAACUAUUUACAACCCGUUCCUCAUUGCUCUCUCUAAAAUUGUAAUAAGAAUAGUGUUUGUGCGUAUUCAGAAUGUUUUUUACGUUUGUAUUUUUAUCUUCCCCAGAUGUUUGAGCUCUCUCAUAUAUGGCAUCAGAGAUCAGACCAUACGACCCAUCCUUGCGUAUCAUCUGUGCUGUCGACUCAAACCCUCAGUCAUUUCAGUCAAGGCUGAUAAUUAA